AUGGCGAAGAGAUCAAAAAGACGCUCUUCAAGGCAUGACAGGGACCAGGCGGGUUGCAUAUCAGGUUUAAUUAAUGUGUUUCACUUUCGUCCUGGUCGAUCAACUAAACGAUAUCUUACUGAUAGAAAACAAGUGACCAAGCAAGAUGAGGGUGCUGGCCAUUCAAGUGACGACAACACAGUUUCACCGAGUUUCACUGAAAAGAGUAAAACUUUAGUGGACACUGAAGUAAGUAAUAUUCAUAUGGCUGAUGCAUCUAAGACAAGUGUCAAGGAUCUUAUGGAAGAAGAAAUGUUCAACGAGCAAGGACAAACGCAACUGAGCGACUCCGAAAUGGGUUCCGAACAAGUCAAAUCAAAAUCUGGAAAUCAUAAUAAAAAUAAUCAAAAGAAAAAAAGUUCCUCCAAGUCCACCGACAUGGAUUUCGAACUGUCGAGUAACUUUGACAUGGAAAAAGUAUUGCAAGAGCUGGCAAAUGUUGACAGAAGAGACAUGAAUUUCCUGAAUUUUGAUGAACCAUCCACUGAGGCUAUUGCUGUAGUUGAAGAAAAGUUAGUUCAAGCAGUAAAACUGUUUAUGGAACAGAGAUCGAGUAACAUCAAGCAUUUUGGUGACGAGGGGAACAAUUUUUGCUCCCAUGAGCUAAUGGAUGCUUUGAAACUUUUGAGUUUGAACAAGGGAUUAUUUAUGAAACUUAUUGAGGAUCCCAACUCGGAACUGGUUAAGCGCAUCCAAAAUGUUGAAGACACUUGCUUAAGAAAAAAGGAUAAACCAAAGCCUGACGAGUUAAGUAGCCACAAACAUAGAAAUUUCUUCCGGAGAAGGACCAAGUCUCUCGAAAGCUUUCCCCUGGGAGUGAAUAAUAGUAAGGAUUGCCAAUCUCAGAAUAAAAUCGUCAUUUUGAAGCCUGGUCCGCCCACGCCAGGAAGCCCCGAAACUGAAAUUGCCGAUAAUGAGAAAAUUACAAAUGCAUCUCAGUUCUCUUUCACCGAGAUUAAAAGAAAACUAAGGCAUGCUAUGGGAAAAGAAAGACGAGGGGUCUCUCCCGAGAGGCCAUCUCCUAAACUUUCUCUUAAGCCCUCAAAUGGAAACUAUAGCGAAAAGUCCGAAAGUUUCGGGUGGAGGUCCCCGAAUAGGAAUCAUUUUUAUAUGGAAAAAUUCACUCAAUCUUCUCCUAGCUUCAAGAAGGGUGAGCCAGCUUGCAAGUUGAAAGACGAAGAUUCGGAAAGGCUUGGAGGAUCCAACAUUUGCACUGAGGCUAAGAAACAUUUAUCCGAGAUAGUAAAGUGUGGAGAUCAGAAUACAGAGUCGGUGAUUGGGAAUAAUUCUGUCAAGUCCCUUGGUCGAAUUCUCUCUCUGCCCGAGUAUAAUGUCUCUCCUUGCCUUAGCCCAAAAAAGCACAAUGAUGAAAUUUUUAUAACUGCUCAAACGAGAUUAUCUCCACGCGUGUCUUGUAGUAACUCUGACGACAAAGGACAGUCUAUGCUUGCGAAUGUUAAUAAUUCAGUAGGAGAUGAUCAAGACUAUUCUUUAGAAAUUCAGUGCUUUAAUGAGGAUACCAUUGUUUCUGAAGGUCAACCGAAGUUUGAAAGAACGACUGAAAUAAGGGCACAAGAAGCGGAAAAGGCCAUUGAUAUCUCGUGUGAAUCUUCACCUAAUUCAGUUGGUGGAGAAUAUCAGAUUGGAGACACUAGAGACGAAGGCAAUGAAGAAAGUGGUUCCCCAUGCUUCAAAUCGCAUUUAUCUGUAGACGACCAGGUGUUAUCACCACCAGCAGGGUCCCCUUCAACCGAUCGAGCAAGCACAGAAAUUGAUGAUUCAGAUCGUGCAAUCAACAGAAUAGAACAACCAAGUCCAGUAUCUGUUCUUGAGCCGCUGUUCACGGAUAGCGAUAUUAGUCCCGCAAGCACCAUUUCUCACUCAGUAGAAAGAGAGAUUCGGCCACGACACAUCCUUUUCGAAGAAGAACAAACGUCCAUUCACGAGCGAGGCAUUUGUACAAGAAUCUCACUCGAGGAAGAGGAAUCUGCUUUUGAGUAUGUAGAGGCUGUUCUACUCGGUUCGGGUCUGAACUGGGACGAGUUCCUCCUGAGAUGGAUUUCCUCGUACGAAAUCCUCGACUCCUCACUAUUCGACGAGGUCGAGCUGUUCUCGAGCCGGCCCCACCACGACCAGAAACUGCUCUUCGACUGUGCUAACGAGGCUUUAGAGGAGGUGUGCGAAUGUUACUUUGGGUGCUUUAAUGGAAUACCGUGUGCUAAGCCUAACAUUAGGCCAGUGCCCAAAGGGAUGGACCUCAUCAACGAUGUGUGGAGAAGGGUCGAGCAGUGGCUUAUUCAGAAUUCAGAGUCUCUGCCUCUUGAGGGGCUCGUCAAAAGAGACCUUUCGGGCUCAAAAUGGAUGAAUGUCCAGCCGGAAAUCGAGUUUAUUGUUUACGAACUUGAGGAGAUGGUUUUUGAUGAGUUGGUGGAAGAAGUUUUACUUCCGUAUGGAGAUUGUGCUUUCGAGUGUGAGUUUGACAUGCCGUGA